UAUUUGAGGCAAGUUAGCAGUCUAGUAUAUAAAUGUCUAUGGAUUGAACGUGCAAGUACGAGGAGGUUAUCCUAUGAGGAUGAGCGUUUUAAAUUUAUUACCGGCAUUAUCUCGAUUAUCGAUGCAUGCUGGCAUUCGAAAUAUAUCAGCAUGCACCAAUCCAUUAUAUUUCAAGGUCAGCAGUGUACUCUUGAAGCAAUCUAGACAGCUGAAACCAAUUAGUGAGAUAGAAGUACCAUCCAAAUUAAUAGAAGAACGAGAACAAAGAUUGCGAAAGCUUCCAUCAAUAUCAGAAGAGGAAGCAGAGUCUAGGAUCUUAUUGCAAAAGGAUUGGAAUAAAUAUAAAACUCAACAGCACUUGGCUAUUAUUCAGACAAUAGAUUCUAUCUUACAUUCACAACAAAGGGCACUUGAUGAACUUAGAGCAGAAUCAGAAGAAUUGUAUCAACAGGCAAUACAAAUUGAUUUUGAUUUUAUACCAUAUACGACGAAAGGACCAUUAAAAACACCUCCAAUAGAAAAUUAUGAUUGUCCUGAUGGAGAAUAUACAAAUAUUACUCGGAAAUUUGAUGGAGAGGAAUAAAUAUUUGAAAUGAUACAGCAAAAUGAAUUUUAUUUUGCAAAAAAUAUGUACAAAUAAAAUGUGUUUUUAGCUCAAAAUAUAGAUUGUUACAUUCAAUAAUGUUACAUUAAAUCUAAUAGAAUAUAGGAAGCGAGAGAAGCAAAUAAACAAAGAGAAAACAAAA